AUGGACAUAGCUAAGUGUCGUCCACUUUCGAUAGUGACCCCGUUGUCGACUCGUACAACGAGCAGAGUAGAUCCCCAUCGCGAGGGGGGAUCGGACAGUAGUUCUUGGACUGAGAUGCCCGACGAACUCGACCAGAAAAUACAAGAUGUCCACAAGCGCAUCGAGACGGAACGCAAGGUCCUUGAUGCUUCAAGGCUCCUCCGCCAGGCUACAACGAACCAAGAUGUUCUGCGCCGCAACGAUGCUAAAAUCAAGGAGGCAGAACGUUCUCUGUCUUAUUUUGAAGACACCCUCCGCGAGCUACAAGCCCGCAGGAAAGCCCAGUCGAUGCGGGAAGAUCUCUCCCGAUCAGGAACUGUCCAGUCGUCUUCCAUGGCUUCCUCAGCAAGUUCAAAGAGUGUUCGCUCGUCUGAUAGGGAUCGUUCUCUCCCACAAAUCCCAUCCGACCGCGACGCCCUGGCCCGCCGCAGCCACUCCCCAGCUUCCUCUAUGACAUAUAUCGCUGGAAGUGGAGAAAGUGAUGGUGCCUCCUCCGCCAAGCAGUAUUCAAAUCUCGAUCUCAUAAAGGCUGAUACCCCCCAUACAACUGCUAAAAUAUCCCGGAUGCUUCACCAAUUGGAGUUCAAGCUCCAAGUUGAGAUGCAAUAUAAACAGGGAAUCGAGAAAAUGGUCAAGUUAUACCAGGCUGAUGGCGAUAAGAAGUCCCGUGCAGACGCCGACAGCAAGCGAGUCGAGAGCGAAAGGAAAAUCCAGCUCUUGAUGUCAGCUCUCAAGCGAUACAAGACUUUACACAUCCUUGACGAUGUCGAGGAAGAAGAGCAGGGAGUGGAUGGAAGCCGAAAAGACAACAUUCGGGCGAAACCGCUGUCUGGAAAGCUGUAUAUCACAGUUAAAGCUGCCCGCGAACUUGAUCACGCUCCAAUCGUGUCGUCGAGCCGUUUGCGGCCGUCUUCCAAGCAGGUCAACGAAACAUACGUUUCCAUGAAGGUAGAGGGUACCCAACGCGCUCUUUCGCAUCCCUCGCGCACGGACCGUUGGAAUGAAGAUUUUGAAAUUGCAGCAGAUAAAGCGAAUGAGGUUGAAAUAGCUAUUUACGACAAACAGUUGUCCGAACCGCAUCCUUUCCCUAUCGGUUUUCUUUGGAUCAGGAUUGGUGACCUUGUGGAAGCUCUCCGACGUCAAAAGGUCAUGAUGGACAGUGGUCAAGGUGGCUGGGUCACCGCAGGUGCGAUGGACGGUGAUUCUCCCGGCGGGAGAGCACACCCUUCAGCAACGGGAACGUUCGGAGACACCAAUGCGCCUCUUAGUCUCGGUCCAUCCGCGGGCACGUCUAAUCCAGGUGGCUGCGUCAGUCAAAGUGAAGGUAUCGACGGUUGGUUUGCUGUUGAACCUGCUGGUGCGCUUUACCUCCAUCUGAAUUUCGUCAAGGAAAAUGUGAGGAAGCGACCACUUGAUGGGCUUGGUGGAUUAGGUCGUCAAGGAGCGGUCAGGAAACGCAAAGGAGAGGUCCAUGAAAUGAAUGGACACAAGUUCGUUCAACGGCAAUUCUACCAAAUUAUGAUCUGCGCCUUUUGUGGUGAAUUUCUCCUGAACGCGUUGGGAUACCAGUGCGAGGACUGUCGAUAUACAUGUCACAAGAAAUGCUACGACAAAGUCAUCACGAAGUGUAUCGCCAAGUCCAAUACGGGUGAGGGAGAUGAAGAGAAAAUUAACCACCGCAUCCCCCAUCGCUUCGAGCCACUCACCAACAUGGGUGCCAAUUGGUGCUGCCACUGCGGUUACAUGCUUCCCCUGGGGCGGAAGAACGCUCGUCGAUGUUCAGAAUGCGAUAUUACUUGUCACGCCAAUUGUGCUCAUCUCGUACCGGACUUCUGUGGCAUGUCGAUGGAAACAGCUAAUCAACUUCUACGUGAUUGGCGGGACAUAAACCGUGCCCGGGGAGGCAAGGCUGCUGCUGCCGCCCGAACUACAGCCCAGACGUCGACACCGCAAGCCCGCCCGUCAUCGCUCCCCUCCGCAGAUGUUUCCCUUAGUCAAGGAGUGGACAGACUGCAGCUGACCGGGAGUGUCGAUAUCGGUUCCCCUGGAGCAGAUCCGUUUGCCCGCCGACCUCCUACACAGGAUGGAGUUGACGUGCGACAUUAUCAGACAUCUAGUAUUCCUCCGCGACCACCCCCUGGGGCAAGAAUCCCGGUCCCGCCUGCUUAUCCAAACGAACAGAUGCUACCUCCUGCAGCCUACGAGCAGGAUAGCUACAGCAUUUCUCAACAGAAACAGGCGUACUCUCAACAACAGUAUACAUCACCAAGGAGCCAGCAUGCUGAACUCUCGCCUGCCCAGCGAGCCCCACUCCGCAAGCGCAAAGUUGGCUUGGAUGAUUUCAACUUUCUUGCCGUGCUCGGAAAGGGCAACUUCGGGAAAGUCAUGCUAGCGGAAGAGAAGAAAACCAACGCAUUAUAUGCGAUCAAGGUGCUUAAGAAGGAGUUCAUUAUCGAUAAUGAUGAGGUCGAGAGUACUCGCUCGGAGAAACGCGUCUUUCUUGCGGCUGCUCGUGAGCGCCACCCCUUCCUACUCGGUCUUCACUCUUGUUUCCAGACGGAGACACGAAUCUAUUUCGUGAUGGAGUAUGUUAGUGGUGGUGAUUUGAUGCUGCACAUUCAACGCAAGCAGUUUUCCCUGCGUCAAGCCAAAUUCUACGCGUCUGAAGUUCUCCUUGCUCUGGAAUACUUCCAUGCCAAUGGAAUCAUUUAUCGCGAUCUCAAACUCGACAACAUCCUACUGACUCUUGACGGACACGUCAAAGUUGCAGACUACGGACUGUGCAAGGAGGAGAUGUGGUAUGGUAUGACCACAAGUACCUUCUGUGGUACUCCAGAAUUUAUGGCGCCCGAGAUCCUGCUCGAACAACGCUAUGGGCGUGCCGUGGACUGGUGGGCCUUCGGCGUGUUGACAUACGAAAUGCUACUCGGCCAAUCGCCAUUCCGUGGUGACGAUGAAGAUGAAAUUUUCGAUGCCAUUCUAGAAGAUGAACCUUUAUACCCGAUUACUAUGCCGAGGGAUGCGGUCUCCAUUUUACAAAAGUUGUUAACUAGAGACCCCACACGCCGGCUGGGCGCUGGUAAGGAGGACGCAGAGGAGGUCAAGAGACAUCCCUUCUUCAAAGACGUAAGCUUUGACGACAUCCUCCACAAACGCAUUCCGCCUCCGUAUUUCCCUACAAUUAACGGCGUCGCCGACACUAGUAACUUCGACGAAGAGUUUACUCGGGAGCAACCAACUUUGACUCCUGUACACGGGCAGUUAACCACGAGGGACCAAGCAGAGUUCGCCGGAUUCUCCUGGGUGGCAUCGUGGGCGGAUAUUUAA